AAUGCUUCCCUGAAUCGAAGCUCAGAUGGACAAACAUUUGCUGAAGUUGACGAAGCUCAGUCUGUGUAGUCUUUUAACCUUAUCUACAACAAAGCCUCUAUCUUUAUCCGAUGAUUCUCUCAGAUACUUCUAUUUUGUUGUAACCCAGAAACAACUAUCUCUUUGAUCAAGUGAAUUGCUGUCCCUUUCUUGGCCUCUCUAACUCUUGAAGUUUCCAAUGGAGAUUAGAUUGUUGAUGUUCUCUGUGAUCCUUUUUCUGGGUAUUUCGAUUUCAUGGGUGGAAUCGAAGUACAUGGUUUAUAAUACUUCACAAGGCAUAGUUCCGGAUAAGCUCAAUGUUCACUUGGUUGCUCACACCCACGAUGAUGUUGGGUGGCUAAAGACCGUUGAUCAGUACUAUGUUGGCUCCAAUAAUUCAAUCCAAGGUGCUUGUGUGCGAAAUGUGUUGGAUUCUCUUAUACCUUCACUGUUGACUGACAAGAAUCGCAAAUUCAUUUAUGUUGAGAUGGCAUUUUUCCAACGAUGGUGGAGAGAUCAGAGUGAGGCUAUGCAGCAUGUUGUCAAGCAACUUGUGAGCUCGGGUCAGCUAGAAUUCAUAAAUGGGGGUAUGUGCAUGCACGACGAGGCGGUGACUCAUUAUAUUGACAUGAUUGAUCAGACAACCCUUGGGCAUCGAUUUAUCAAAAAGGAAUUUGGUGUGACUCCAAGAAUUGGUUGGCAGAUAGACCCUUUUGGACAUUCUGCAGUGCAGGCUUACUUGUUGGGAGCUGAAGUUGGAUUUGACUCUUUUUUCUUUGGCCGGAUAGAUUACCAAGACCGGGCUAAGCGUAAAAAUGAGAAGAGUCUUGAAGUUGUCUGGCAGGGUUCUGACAGUCUUGGUUCAUCUUCACAGAUAUUUGCUGGUGCAUUCCCAGAAAACUAUGAGCCUCCUCCUGGUGGUUUCUACUUUGAAGUCAAUGAUCCAUAUCCCAUUGUUCAAGAUGACAUGAAUUUGUUUGAUUACAAUGUUCCAGAACGGGUCAAUGACUUUGUUGCUGCUGCAAUUUCACAGGCUAAUAUAACUCGGACGAAUCAUAUAAUGUGGACCAUGGGAACAGAUUUUAAGUAUCAGUAUGCAGAGACAUGGUUUCGAGAGAUGGACAAACUGAUCCACUAUGUUAACAUGGAUGGACGUGUCAAUGCUCUCUAUUCUACCCCAUCUAUAUAUACUGAUGCAAAACAUGCUGCAAAUGAGUCCUGGCCAGCAAAAACUGAUGACUUCUUCCCGUAUGCAGAUCGUGUAAAUGCUUACUGGACAGGAUACUUUGCAAGUAGACCAGCCUUAAAACGCUAUGUUAGGAUGAUGAGUGGCUACUACUUGGCUGCAAGACAACUAGAAUUUUUUAAAGGAAGAAGUAAUACAGGGCCAAACACAGACUCAUUGGCAGAUGCUAUGGCAAUUGCUCAACAUCAUGAUGCAGUUACUGGUACAGAAAAGCAACAUGUGGCUAAUGAUUAUGCAAAGCGAUUGUCAAUAGGGUAUACAGAGGCUGAAAAAUUAGUUGCAUCUUCACUUGCUUGCUUGGCUGAGACAACAUCACAUGAUGGAUGUCAGAAUCCUGCUACAAAAUUUCAACAGUGCCCUCUGCUGAAUAUAAGUUACUGUCCUGCAUCAGAAAUUAAUCAAUCUCAUGGGAAAAACUUGGUGGUUGUGGUUUACAAUUCUCUUGGAUGGAAGAGAGAUGAUGUAAUUCAAAUUCCAGUUACCGAUGAUGAAGUUACAGUGCAUGAUUCUGAGGGAAGAGAAAUUGAAUCUCAGCUUAUUCCUCUAGCAGAUGUUCAUAUAGCCCUAAGGAAUACCUAUGUGCAGGCAUACUUGGGUAAACCCCCAACGGAUACACCCAAGUAUUGGCUUGCAUUUUCAGUCUCUCUUCCACCUUUCGGUUUCAGUACUUACUCAAUUUCAGGUUCCAAAAGUGCAGAUACUCAUUCAAUCAAAUCAUCUACGUACACAUUCCAAACAAGAGAGCAAUCUACCAUAGAAGUUGGUCAAGGAAAUUUGAAGCUUACUUUUUCAGAAGAUGAAAGCAAAAAAGUUAAUUAUAUUAAUACCAGAAGCUCAGUUGAGGACUCCAUUGAACACACAUUCAGUUUUUAUGCUGGAUAUAAUGGAACUGGAAAUGAUACAGAUCCCCAAAAUGCCGGUGCAUAUAUCUUCCGUCCAAAUGGGACAUUUCUCAUAAAGCCUGAAAAACAGAAUCUUUUGACUGUUAUGCGCGGGCCUAUAGUAGAAGAAGUACAUCAACAGAUCAAUCAAUGGAUAUAUCAGAUCACCAGAUUAUACAAGGGAAAAGAACAUGUUGAAGUUGAAUUUAUUGUUGGGCCUAUACCCAUUGAUGAUGGAAUUGGCAAAGAAGUUGCAACACAGAUUACAACUACUAUGGGCACCAACAAAACAUUUUAUACAGAUUCUAAUGGACGUGAUUUUAUCAAAAGAAUUCGUGAUUAUAGGACAGACUGGAACCUUGAAGUCAACCAACCAGCUGCUGGAAACUACUAUCCAAUCAACCUGGGAAUUUAUACCAAAGAUGAUAAGAAAGAAUUUUCAGUUCUGGUCGAUCGGCCUCUAGGAGGGUCUAGCUUAGUGGAUGGACAAAUAGAACUGAUGCUCCAUCGGAGACUGCUACUUGACGAUUCCAGGGGUGUUGCAGAGGCUUUAAAUGAAACAGUUUGUGUUCUUGAUCAAUGUAAAGGAUUGAUAAUCCAAGGGAAAUAUUAUUUCAGAAUUGACCCUUUAGGAGAAGGUGCAAAGUGGCGUCGUUCUUUUGGCCAGGAGAUAUAUUCACCUCUCUUGCUGGCCUUUGCUGAGGAGGAUGGAGAUAACUGGAGUAAUUCUCAUAUAACCACUUUCUCGGCCACUGGUUCCUCCUAUGGUUUACCUGAUAAUGUUGCACUUAUAACUCUUCAGGAGCUUGAUGAUGGAAAAGUUCUCCUACGGUUAGCACAUUUGUAUCAGAUCGGAGAGGACAAGGAUCUUUCUGUGAUGACAAGCGUAGAACUGAAGAAGUUGUUUAAUGGCAAGAAGAUUCACAAAGUUGCAGAAAUGAGCUUAUCUGCCAAUCAAGAAAGAACAGAGAUGGAGAAGAAGAAACUUGUCUGGAGAGCUGAAGGUUUCGAAAGACAAGAAGCAGCAGCGAGGGGCAGACCAGUUGAUCCUGCAAAACUGGUGGUGGAACUUGCCCCAAUGGAAAUUCGAACCUUUGUUAUCGAUUUCUAUCACACAUCCCGCCGCGUGUUUGAUGUCUAACAACAAUGAAAUGUUCCUGAGGAAAUUCUUGCUAAUCUGGGCAUGCUUGUGCUUCUGAAAUCUGAUAUCUUUUUAAGAUGAUAUCUGUGUUCUUAUGAUUGCCAAUGAGUCUUGGUCAGAGAGGUAAGCUUCUGUAUCAUAAAGUUCUAGUGUGGUUGUAAUAAUAUCACUCUGGACGUUCCAUCUUAGUAGAAUGGAAAUUUGGGAAUAAAAUUUCACUAGGUUCUGUUUA